CAAAUUAGUUGACUUUAACGCGAGAUCAUGACGAGUCGGGUGCUGUGGCUCUGCCUGUUUUGGGCUGUAGUUGCUCCAAUUUUGGCCAAGCCAUCGGAUGUGGACGACCCCUUUGCCGAGGACUUGACCUCGGAGUACGCCAAGCAAAUCAUCCGCCAGGCGAAAUUGGCCGAAAUCAAGACCAUGACGAAGCCGGAGAUAGCGCCCUGCGAUGAUUUCUAUACGCAUGCCUGCGGAAACUGGCAUCGCCACAAUCCCGCCCAGCUAUUUAGUGACCUCAUGACCGACAAGUUCCAACUAAUAUCGAAAGGAUUUGAUCGGCGUCUCCAGCGUUUGCUGCGUUCCAACGAGCUGAAAUCCGAGCUGGAGAAGAAGAUGCAGCGUUUCUAUCUAUCCUGUACCCUGGCGCAUCGCGACGAUGUCCACUACAAGCUGGCCCUGGAGAACGUUAUCCGGGAGUACGGAGAACUGCCCGCUUUGGCUGGCACCCAAUGGAACUCCUCCGAUUUCAGCUGGUGGCGAACGGUGGCCCAGAUUCAGCACAAGUACGGCAAGCAAAUCAUCCUGGGCCUGGAAAUAAUGCAGGAUAUACGUAACAAGUCGAUAAAUCGCGUGUAUCUCAGUCCGGCAGACGCAAAACAGACAGGAAGUCGUAUAUUAAAUCUCCUACUAGAGUCUAGUACCUCCGCGGAUCUGCAACAAUUCUUCGGUCUUAGUCCGUCCGCGGCGAGGCACACAGCGCAGCAGCUUCUCGAAUUGCAGAAAAGCCUUUCAGCCGGAUCUUCCAGCCCAGGCUCUCUGGAAGAUGGCCUCUCACUCUACACGCUGGCCGAUCUUCAAGAGAAGUACAGCGACCAACUGAACUUCACCGAAUUCCUGAGCCUGAUCCUUGGUGGGGAGAACGUUCCGGAGGCCCUGUACAUCAAUGAUGAGGAGUUCCUGGACAAUGCGCUUCUCACAAUGCGCAGCACACCGCUGGCUAUGCAGGCCAACUUCGUACUGUGGACCCUGUUGGAGGACUACCUGGUGCCCAACGGCCCCAGCGACAUGACCAAGUAUUGCACCGAGAGCACCAAGAAGUACUUUGGCCAGCUGGCCCAGCACGUUGUGUACGAGCGAUACCGCAGCGUGGAGGCGGAAGCGGAGGUUUUCAAUAUCUGGCAGCAGAUCAGGGGCAUCUUCAGGCAGCAACUGAUGGGCGACAAAUUCGACUGGAUUUCCAAUGCGACCAGGCAGCUGGCCAUCGAGAAGUUGGACCGCAUGCAGCUGAACAUAAACUCCUACGACUCGGAGAACUUCGAGGAGCUCUUCGGUGGGGUCACCAUCGAUCGGGUCAAUUACGUGCCGAAUAUCCAGCAGCUGCUCAUUGCGAAGGGCAGGCGAUAUCUGGAGAGGAUUAGAGAGCUUCCCGCCGCCUUGGAGGACACAGAGCUGCUCGGCUUUACACCCGCCUAUAAUGUGAUGGAAAACAACAUAUCGAUUCCGGUGGCUCUGCUGCAGCCACGCUACUUCUGGGCUGACCAGUAUCCGGAGGCGCUGAAAUACGCCACAUUGGGCUACCUGCUCGCCCACGAGAUGCUCCACGGCUUCGACGACGAUGGCCGGAAAUACGAUGCGGCCGGCAACCUGGCCCCGUGGUGGGACUCCAAGUCGCGUUAUGAGUUCGAUGAGCGACGCAAGUGCUUCCAGGCCCAGUACCACCAGUACGAGUACGGCGGAUUGCAUCUGCCGGAGAGCGAGGGGCAGUCGGAAAACAUUGCGGACAAUGGAGGCGUAAAGCUGGCCUACGCCGCCUAUGAGCGCUGGCUGGGGCAACAGACGGAGGAAGUGCGUCAACGAGAGACCAUGGCGGGUCUGUCCUAUGACAGUCGCCAGCUCUUCUUCGUGGGAUACGCCCAGUUGUGGUGCGACGAUGUCCAGUCGCUCUUCAAGUCCACAGUUGCCCAGGGCGACAAUCAUGCACCGAGCAAGUACCGGGUGGUUGGCACACUGUCCAACUUCCAGGAGUUCUCCUGGGUCUUCAACUGUUCACAAUCGGCGCCCAUGGAUCCGGAGUACAAGUGCGCAAUCUACUGAAGAACCCUCGAGUUCUAACUACUGAACUUUGUUUUCAAUCAGUUUAAUCUUUUCAACUCGACUAUCUUUAAAUGUAAUUAAUGUUGUUAAGUUGAACAUUACUGAGACUGUUGUACAUUCAUCUUCAGGGAAAUGCUAUCAAUAAACCAAUAAACUAAUAUCAAA